CUAAGCUGUCAGUGGCCUUUAUAAACCCCAGAAGAAGGAAGAAAGAAGAUGAAACAUCAACAACUUUCAAGUUUCCUGAAGUAUUAGAAGACUGAUCAUCUAAAUUUACAAGUUCCUGAAGAAUUAGAAGACGAACAAAUGUCUAAAACUAACUUAGAGAAGAUUUUCGUGUGUGAGGAAACACCCACCCCAAGAAUAUUACUUCUAACAGAUACAAAUGAAGUUAAUGGUCGAGGACUGUUAUAUACUGUCAUAAACUCGCACCUUCGCUCUCCUGCUAAUAUUCAUUAUCUUCACACUUCUCUCCGAGCUCAGGAUAUAAGAAGGUUUCUGAAGGAAGAGUCAUCAGGAAAAAUUGAAUUCUACGAUGGUGCUAGUGAUCCAUGUGGCUGGGUGAGUGACCAGCCUGAAGUAUCUUUGCAACAACCAUUACAAGAGAUUUUCAGACUCGGACAUAAUGGUGAUGGAAGUGGAAAAAGAAAAAUAGUAAUGGUAGUGGAUAGGCUUGAGGAUAUCACUCAUCACCAGGAUUCUUUACACUUGAUAAGGAGCCUACAUUUACUAGCUGCAGGGGAUAAUGUUGAGCAACUCAUUUUAUACUGUGGACGGGAUGUCAUGCCUGAGAGUGUUCUGUCAGCCCUUUGUCACAUUUCUAGUGCGGUAGUCCACGUGCUGCCCUCUAGUCCAUGCAGCUGUCAGCUCAUACUUAAGAAACCUUCCAGGAAAAUAAUCAAAGCUCAUGAAGAAUUUUCUUUAAAUGAGAAUCUACACUUACAAGAUAUUCAGCAGUCUAAGAGCAAAGAAGUGCCGUGUUCAGAUGAGAACUUGGACUCCGUUGCCAUCCUAGCAUCACAAACAACCUUCAAUCUCACUCUCACGGAUGAUCAGCGGAUAGCCAAGAACAAUCUACUACUUCCUCAUACCAGGGUUCAGUCACAUGGAGGACACAUUCACUACACACCAGAUGACGUUGAUGACUGGGAUGACGAUGAUCCUGAUGACGACUUGUACAUAUAGCCGUCUCUUAAAUAUGUAAUGCAUACUACUGUUUAUGUGAUACUUUUGUAUAUUUAAUUAGAAUUGAUGAAGGAAAAAAAGGUGAGUGGUGCAUUGAGGUAUCUGUGGAGACAAAAAAAAACGUUAUCCAUGGAGGCAAAGAAGGGAAUGUAUGAGAGUAUAGUGGUACCAGCACUCUUAUAUGGGUGUGAAGCUUGGGUUGUGAAUGCUGCAGCAGGAAGGGGGCUGGAGGCAGUGGAGAUGUGUCUAAAGGCAAUGUGUGGUGUAAAUAUUAUGCAGAGAAUUCAUAGUGUGGAAAUUAGGAGGAGGUGUGGAAUUACUAAAAGUAUUAUUCAGAGGGCUGAAGAGGGGUUGUUGAGGUGGUUUGGGCAUUUAGAGAGGAAGCAAAAUAGGAGGACUUGGAGGGUGUAUAAAUAUGUAGUGGAGGGGAGGAGGGGUAGGGGUCAUCUUAGGAAAAGUUGCAGGGUAAUAUUUUGUGAAGAGAUUCAGGAAAACUGUUUAGCCGGACUCGAGUCCUGGAGGUGAGAAGUACAAUGCCUGCACUUUCAAAGAGGGGUUUGGGGUCUUGGCUGUUUGGACUGACAUUUAAAUUGUUGUAUCUGGGCACCUCUGCAGAGACAGUGAUAUGUGAAUGAUGGUGGAAGUGUUUCUCUUUUUGGGUCACCCUACCUCAGUAGAAGAUAGAAGUGUUAAAAAAAAAAAAAUGACAAUACAAAUUUAAUGCUUGUUUAUUAUUAUAAUAAUGUUAUAAUAGUAGGGGUUAGUUAUACACAGAUUCAGUCACAAACAUUACAGAUAUUGGUCUAAAUGAAUUGCAGAGGUACUUUUGUUUAUUAAGCAGGUUGCAAUGGUUGAGUUAUUUACAGUAAAAGUUCAGGUAUUUUUCAAGAAUUUUUGGUAAUUCCUUUGUGAAUGAAAUUAGAAAAUUCUUGAGCACUUGAGAGUUGCUUUUUUUUUUUUUUGCUUCGAGUGUGACACAGUGAUGCAUGGUGUGAAAAUAGUUUCGUUGACAAAAUUUGCAUUCAAGUCUUUUAUCAGUUGGCGGUGAAACAGUUAUAGUAGUAUCUAAUUCUGCUCAUUUUUUGUACGUUUCAUUGACAUAAAGCACUCAAGCUGUGUAGGUCACCUGGCACACUCAUAGCAGCCAGGGAAAUGAACCUGGGUUCCUUAGGUUCUGAAAAAUUUUAUUAUGGAAAAAUGCUGAACCUUAGGAGUCAUAUUGCACCUGGGGGAUGGGUGGCAACCAGUGUUGAUUCAAGAAGACAGGUCUAAUUCCUUGGAUCAAGAGACCUUCACCAGCAUCACGAUACCUCAUUUAAUAAAGGGUAAGUGUUAGUACUACAGAGUUGUAUUUUGGCAUAUUAUUUUAUAAAGGACACUAUCAUUUUGUUUAAUAAUGUGCCUUGACUAUUAUAUUCAUGAAAAGCACUAAAGCCAUGAGUCAUUCAGUAUUAUAGGGCAGGUGACACUUUAGUGAUAGGUGAAUUUUCAUUAUAUUGAUGGGGAAGUGCUAAACCCACAUGGGUUAUACAGCACUUGGGGGGGAUGGGAAGUAAUGAGGUUUGAUCCAAAGAAAGGAAGGGUAGCUUUAGUUUAUUUACCAGCUUGUUACUGUAUCCAUAAGUGAAAUGAUACAUCAAAUUCAAGUACCUGAUUGAUCUAGAUGUACAGUAGGGCCCCGCUUUAUGGCGUUUCGCUUUACGACGUUUCGCUUUACGACGUUCCGCUAAUACGGUCAUUUCAAAUUAUGACCAAAACUCGCUAUACGGCUCCCCCCCACCUGACUUUCUAAUAUGGUCCCCGCGCCCCACCCUGUUUGCUUACAUUCUCUGUGAGAUCCAAGCACUAAGUCUCUCCAUUAUGUCUGGAAACUCCAAAAUUUCAAGUGUUUUUAAAAGUUAUUUCAUAUUUUAUAUAUACUACUCUGAUAAUUAUACAUAUGUAUACCUGUACCGAAAUAAACUUACAUACUGGGCUGGCGUGCAGGUACACAUUAAAAUCAGUAAGUGUCUUAUGU